CAGGCGGAAAUCCCCGGCGGAGGAGGGGAAAGCGGAAUGGCCUGACCCGGGCUAUCCGGCAAGGCAUAGCGCGGCUCAGCCAGCUGCAGCGAUGAGGCGGCGCGGUUACGGAUUUCUGUUACUGUUCCUUCACAUCCUGAAAGCUGUUGCUGCGCUGGAGAAGAUCGUCAGUAAACCUGGGGACAACGUUACACUGAGUUGCAUUUAUCCAGGAAGAGAAUUCAGCUUAGACAGUCUGCGAGUAUACUGGCAAAUAGCUGAUGAUGAAGAUACAGAGCCAUGUUCAGUAGUGCAUGCACUGAUCUCUGGUCAAGACAAUGAAAGUCUGCAAUGCAGUCAGUUUAAAAACAGGACUCAGUUAUUAUGGGAUAAACUAGGAGAUGGCAAUUUUUCUCUGCUACUAUUUAAUGUCAGACAGAGCGAUGAACAUACAUACCGAUGUGUAGUGAUGCAGACAAUUGAAUAUACCAGAGUGAUUCACCAGGAGCAAGUGGUUCUAAGCCUAGCAGCUAGUUACAGCCAACCAAUACUCAGUGGGCCUAUAAGAAACAGUUACAACACUGGAGAAGAGGUGACUUUCAUCUGCAGAUCUGACAAUGGAUACCCUGAACCAAAUGUUUAUUGGAUAAAUAGAACAGACAACACACGCCUGUCUCAGUCAGGUUUUAAUAUCACCCAACAUCCCAACGGCACUUACAGUGUUUUGAGCACACUGAAGGUUAAAGCAACUUCUGAUAUGCAAAUAGAGUGCUUCAUAGAAAAUAAAAUACUGCAGGAAAACACAUCAGCCAACUACACAGACAAAUCUAGACAAAUCAAUGAUUCCAGCACAGGAAGUCAUAAAGACCCAGCAAAAAGCGGACAAGGUGCUCAAGCAGCUGCAGUUGUGUCAGUUGUUAUUCUGAUGGCUUUUCUGACUGUGUUAAUCUGCUGGCUGCGGAGACGGAGAUCCUCUCAACUAGUGUCAUACACAGCACCUAUCUAAUAGGAAUGUCUGCCAACAACUUAGGCAGCUGGAGGUGCAUCAAGAGGAGCAUCACCCCUUGUCCCAGCAGCAACAUUGCUUGUAAUACAAGCGACAGGUUUCUGCAGAGUGUGCCAAGAUUGAUGGCAAAAAGCUUCUUCAACAGAAGAAAAACCAAAAUCCAUUGGAUUCCUGUUCUGACCAGGAGCUGUGUCUCAACACCUGCUAACUUCUUCAGUUGGUUUUCAGUGAUAGCUGCCAGUGUUUUGAGCUCUUAUGCUGGGGAAGAGCAGUGAGCCUCGCACUUAGCUACUCUGUUCUAGAGUCUCUCGCCAUCACCACUGAGGAAUUUGUUUUGAGUACAAGUAGCCAUGUUUCAGGAGCAUGGGAAAUUCUGUUUCCUUCUCCUUACGCUGACAGUGAAUGUGAAAAGGCAGCUAAAAAUGAGGAAGAAAAGAAAACUGAAGGACUUUCUACGAAGGGAGAUUUGUAACUUUUUCCACCUUUCUCUAUCUACAGUACAUUCUGUCGUUGGUUUCACCAGCUACAUGUUGUUACGUACAGAAUGAGCUAGACUAUAUUCACCUGAUCCCAAUAAAAUAGGUUUUGCCGUGGCUGGGUUAAGCACUGAAUGUGUAAACAAAAAUAAAUCUCCUUUAAAGGCACUUGA